UCUUAUCCAGUUGGAAGUUCGGAAAGGAAAUCUCCUGGCCUCCGUGUCUGCCAUGUCUGAGAAUAAUAUUGCUCCAGCACCGGCACCGACCCCACUGUCCUCGGCGCGCGCGUGUGAUCUCUGUCGCAGGCGCAAGAUCCGUUGUGAGAGAGUAUUUCCAUGCUCGAACUGUCAGCGUAUGAACGUCGAAUGCAAGUCAUCGAGGCGCACUACAAGGCAAAAGCAGAAGCGCACGUUAAUAUCCGCUGAAUACGAGGCCAAGAUUGAUCACAUCGAUAAAAGUCUCGCCCAACUUUCUCGUCUCGUGGAGCAGCUACACACAAGCGGCUUAAGUCUCCCUCAAUCGUCGGAGCCUGCCAGAUCCGCUCAGGCGUCUGUCAGCUCUACAGUCUUCCCUGGCUGGUCCCGCAGAGCUGCGGUACCAUUGAUCGAUGGGAACAUCAGGUCGUCAAACGACAGGACUGUCACACGGCCAAAGACUGAAAAUGAAGCGUUGGUUGAGGGGAGGUCGUCUUUGACAGCGCAUUCUGAAUUUGCCAUUGGUGUCUUGCAAAAUAUGGUUGGAUGCCAUAGAGGUAUUGCCGAUAAUUCUGAGAUCACUGGUCUGCUUGACUCGCUGCGCGACAUGGUCGACGCCUUCAAUCGCCAACGUCUAUCUCCAAAGAUUCUGUUUCCUCUGGCCAAUUCAGUAUCCCCCGAAGAUGGUGACACUUAUCCAAUGCCCCCACUAGAGUCUGUCUUUGCAAUGAUUUACAAUGCACAAGCGGAGGAUAGCCUUUUUUACGGCUGUCUUUCAUAUUUUCUCGGCCCGCGCACUCUGUCGGAUUUAUGCUUGAAAGUAUAUUUCUCUAAAGUCUACUCCGAUGCUGAGUUCAUCAUCCUCAACGCAUCCAUGCUCUUUGUGUCUGGCGACAUCCACGGCCCAUGCAAUGAUGAUGAACAGUUUCAGAUGAAGUGUCGGGUAAAUCUUGAAACUAUGCUUUCCGGCCUCUCCUUGUACAUCAAAGCCAGCUAUGACAUGAUCCUCGCGCUCGUUUUAGGGGCCAUGUACGCGAUUGAUAUCUCGAGUCCAUCAUUAGCCUGGACAUUGGUGGGCGCAGCGUCGCAGGCCUCACAUUAUCUCGGCUUGCACACUCGCGACGGGUGUAUGGAGGUGUCAUCACCCACUCCGAGUCAAAGGGUGUUGCUCUUCUGGGCGGUUUACUUUUUGGAAAAGUCCCUUUGUCUCCGGCUCGGUCGUUCGUCUACGAUCUCAGAUUGUGAUAUUACGGCCCCUAGGCCUGCUCAUCUACCUGAGACUCAUUCCCAUAGUCUUGUAUACUUUAAUCAGCAGGUCAGGUUUGCCAGUCUAGCAGGGAGUGUCUAUGAGCAGCUCUACUCGGGAGAUGCGCUGCAGCUUCCCGCGGAGGCACGAACAAAUCGGGCUCGGGAGCUGGCAGAACAGCUUGACAGACAUGCUACGGAGGCAUGCGAGGCAUAUCAACAUUGGGAUCGAUCGACCACGGACAGCCACUCCAAAGAACAUCUGCGAUUUAUUUCUGCGUCCGACGACAUCACGCGCCUUACAAUGCUCACUCUCGUGCACCGAGCCAUGCCUGUGGGGCGGGACAGUGUAACGACUUUUAAUAGAGAUUGUGUCUCGUCCGCCAGAGCAGCUCUAGAGAGGCAUCGCGCGUUCAUCACGGAGCUAGGAAUCGCGGGCUCACCACAUGUAUCCACCUAUAUUAACUGGACGAUCCUUUUUACUCCCUUCAUCCCUUUUCUCGUCCUCUUUUGCCACGUCAUCGAGACCGGUGACCUGGACGAUCUGAAUCGAAUGCAAAUAUUUGUUACAUCUAUGGAAGGGAGCUGCCAAGAAUCCGGCGCCAUUGCCAAGCAUCAUCGGCUGUUCCAGGUCUUUUAUCGUGUGGCGGAGCGCUACACCGAACUAAUGUGCUCGCCCACCCUUAUGCAGGAGGACCGGAGAAAUCUCAAGAGCCAGGUUGACUUACACCUCAGUGCGCUUGGGCUGCAGCCCAAUGGGUCAUACAUGGUUGGCCAACCCACAGCAGAGGCGGGUCCGAUGGCGUCCUCCGCUACUGUUGACAUGGGCCCUUCGGAUCAAGAUUGGCCGCAACAGGGAUUUUUACUGGGAAGCUGGUUCUCGUUUAACCAGCAGAUGAUGGAUCUAAUGGAUCAGAACGACUUUGCGCUUUAGAUAGGGUGAGCCCUGCGCUUAUUGGGGACAAACUACUCGAAUAUUCGUGCGACGUAAAGCACGCUAUAUCUGAUUGCUUCGAGGUCGAGAGCGAGUUCCGUGCUCGAUUUCUGAAACUCUAGAACGUACCAAUGAGCAAAUAAU